AUGGAGACUGGAUAUAUCAACAUAGCAGAAAUCGAGUUCAUUUGUGAUUCAGUCCCUUUGACUAUGGUUGUCAUGAAAACUUCCUACUUUGAUCAGCAGAGGGUUCCUUUAGCAAAGUCAGAGACCUUCUCAACAGAGUUGUUCGAAAAUAUAUGUGAUAGAAUGAAUGGUAACCAACUGCAAGUGGAUCCUCAAGCCCAGAAAAGGACAUUCAAGAGAUUUGCUCCUAGGAAAGAUGAGAAAAUCUAUGCAGAUUUUUUAAAAAUCUAUUUUUAUUCUGAUGCUUACAAACCUUUGAAGUUUGCGGUAAGCCAACAUAACACAUUGUGCGAAAGUAUCAAAGAAGAGUAUGAAGAUGAAAUAUUCUCACUUAUCGCCCAGGAGGCAGACUAUCUAGCUGACAAGCUGAGCAGUGAAAAAUCAGGUCUUUGGGAAGAGCCUGCUACUUACAUUGAGCUAUAGAACGGAUAAACUACUUAGAUUACAGAGUAAAGAAGGAUUUGUAACCUCAUCAGAGAAAAGUAACCAGCUUCCAGGAAAGCAAGGCAUCUGUGUACAAACAAAAUGCUCUCAAACACCCAAAGUAAACACCCAGGUGGAUAGAAAGAAGAAUAUAUCCUUCAACCCUUUUUCAUUUCUAGUAAUCUUUUGUGUUAUCUGUAGCAGUAGUCAGUAAAUAUUUUCAGACAGAUAUGUUUUUUUAAGUGCCCCUUUAAAAUAUUGAUACUGUCUUAUACUUUGCUGGAUAAGCUCUGGGAAUCUUUCAUGACAACUGCUCUGUACAGGAUAUGAAUGAAAUUCUGACUACCUGUCUGCUGGUUUCUGUGCAUCCA